CUUGUCGGUAUCUGGAAUUUGUUAGAAUACCAUUUGCUUCUGUUUGGACAAAUUAUUCAGGGGUGAAAAAAAAACACACACACACAGUGGGGAAAAUCACUCAGAGAAAGAAAAAUUCACCUGCCAGAUUUACAUAUGAAAACAUUGAAAAAAAUCGUUUUGCCUGUCAAACGGUUUGACGUUUUCAUCUGACAUAGAAUAAUGUCUGCUUCCUUGCAUGGGUGGUGACCAGUAUGACGUCACUGGAACAAUGUGAAAUCCGCAUCGGCAAGUGUUAACCUCUAAAUGAGACCUCCUCUUCCGUUUACAAGGGGAAUAUACAAUAUCCCUCCCCCCUUCUUUUUCCAAAAAAGAAAUUGCCCUGUUUAAAAUGUCGGCACGAAAUCCUCUGUAUUUCAGUUAUAUGCAUAUUCUAAGUAGCGUACAGUCAUGACGGAAAAUUCAAAUACUAUGACUUCUAGGGAUUUUGGACUUUUCGCUGUGUUCGGUGUGAUAAGUCUUCAAAUUAUUGUAGUUAAAUCCUACCCCAUGGGAAUAGAAGGAAGAAAUUAUGGAAUACACCAAAGGCAACCAAAUUAUCUCCCGACUUACAACGGAAUUUUCAGCAUACAUGCUCUCAACUUUACAACUUCAGCAUUUGACAAAUCCGAAAACAAUCUGCAAGUGGAUGGCCAGGACACAACAAUAACCACUUCUGCUUCAAACACCACAUCUGAACAGCUUCAAGACAGCAACGAAUCCCUCUCCUUGUUAUCUAAUCCCGAAACAAAACAGUCGCAGGACUUGCUAAACCAGGAUAUUGAUGGUUCAGACAUCAACGAACUAGAUUCUGACAAAGAACAGGAUGAUGAUCCAACCUUUCCUCAAAUCCAAGUAAUUACGAAAACCAUAACGGAUGAAACGUUUUCAAAAAGUUCCACAGCCAACACAGGUGGUACUACUCAGAAGCUUGGUCCAGUUGUCCGAACUGAAACCACAUCAACUACUGUACCAUCCACAGAAGACGUUUUCAAGUUUGUGACUUUUAACAAUAGCGAGACCCUUUUGUCUGGCCAAGGUAAUGACCCAGUUGAAACUGAUGGUGCACAAGAGGAUAUUUUUGACAACCUGAUGAAACGAAUACAGAGCCAUUGGUUGGAAUUUGUCGGCAAAAUGAAACUAAGCGUUCUGGAUGUAUGGAAAUCCAUCUCUCAACACAUGAUGGAAAGAUUGGAAUCCUUUGCAUCAGCGCUUUAAAAGGAAUGUCGGAAACCCAUAUUCUUGUUAAUUAUAGAUCCUAGUUUGUGAUACAUAUUAUAAAAUGGCUAUUCAUUGUUGCCGCUUAUAUUUUAGGUUACAUAAUUUAACGAAUCGAUAGAAUACUAUUGCUUUUUGAGGGUAUGAUAUGUGAAGAUAAUUAAUUAGCGUUCAGCUAUUUUUGCUUUUGGGUUUCUAAAAUAAAAUUUUUAAAAAAAUAACUCAUACAAAUUGUAAACAAAUAUGUAAUUUUUAUGUGUGUUAAUUAUCUAAAAUGCAAAGGAUGCCGUUUUGUAUCUCAAUUUCUAUGCAGUUAUAUAAUUGUAUUACACACACUUCAUUAAUACAAAAUUGCUACGUAGGAUACGAUAUAAAGGUAAUGUUAACAACUCUGUUCCACCAAAUGUUUACAGCGCAUUGCUGCGGUAAAAAGUUGAACUACUAGUUAGAUGAUGAAUUUAUCGCUUUCUAUUAAAAUUUUCAAUUGAAUUUAUAAAACUCUUUUUAACCGUUUGGUUAUUUGUAUAAUUUUAAAUCUAUCGAAUUCUUAGAAGUUUUUUCUCUGAGGGUUUCAAGUGUUAACGAAGACAAUUUGUCUUAGCACCAUAAGUAAAUUGUGAUGUGAUUUAAAUAUUUUAAUUUUUCUCUAUUUUCCGAGUUCCUAAAUUUAUUUCUAUGUUGAAUAAAAUACCUAUUUACAUAAUUCUUGCCUAUAAUCUAAUAAAUCCAAUCUAACAAAACUCUAACUAUCAUUACAAAAAGAUUCAGAAUCAUUACAGCUAUCAUUGUAAAUCAUUACAGCUAUCAUUACAGAAGAUUCAGUGUACCAAAAUAGUUUAUCCUUAUUACAGGUAAUAAUAUCUUUUUGUGUUAUUAAAUAUACGAUACAUGAUUCGAAACAUUAUUCAAUACAACACAAUUAUUAUUAUUAGAAAUCGGAUCACUAUAAAGCAAUUGAUAAAAUAGCAUCUAUCCUCCAAUAUGCAUCUUUCACACAAUCUAUCAUAUUUCUUAAGGAUAAAAAAGUAGACAUAAGCUGCUUUUUUUAUUUGAUUUGUAUACUUGUUUUAAUAGACUCGGUCUAUUAUUCAUUAUUAUUAUUAGAGUUGUAAUAUGUAAUUAUGAAUCCAUCAAAAUCAAUGAAUUUAUGUCAUUGUUAUGAGAGCCGUAUGAGAUUAAAGUGGUUUCGCAAAGAUGAAAAUCUAAAUAAAUUCAUUUAAUUUCUA